AUGAAAAAAGAAAGAACAGAUAAUUAAGUUUAGCCUAUAAUAAAUAACAAAAAUUAGGUUUAGAAUGAAAAACGUAAUCUCUCAUAUGAUAAGUCUGUAUUAUUAAUUAAUGAUAGUAUUAAUCAUUCUCAUCCAUAUGAAACUCCAUCAAAAUAAAACUUCACAAGCAGAGAAGAUAAUAAACAAUAUUAUUAAAACGAAAAUGUUUAAUCCAAUAGGAUUCAAUAAGAAGAGUAAAUUUUAUUUUUAUUAAAGCUCUAAAUUACCUAAUGAAAACAAUUAUGAGAAUGAUUUUGAAAAUUAAAAAAUAUCAGAAUACUCCCUUGAAAGUAUAAGAAGAGAAGAUCAUAUUGAAGAUAGAAUUAAUAGACAUACUUUACAUAAGUCAAUUCAUUUGUAUUCAAGAUUACUUAAAUCAUCUUCUUAAAAAUAGAAUAAAGAAUUAAAACAAGAACCAGAACCAGAAAAACCUGGUAUCUCUAUGAAUCUAUUAAAUGCUUUCAAUCAAUAAAAAUAAAUAGAACCAUAGCCUGAGUAUUUUAAUGAUGUAGAAUAUGAAAAAAUUAUACGCAGACAUUCAAAAUUGAUUAAAAGAGAUACAAUGAAAGAUCCUUAUUAUGUUAGAUUAGUCAAAUUAUCAGAAUUUGAAAGAUUGAAUUAUGAAUUACAAGUAAGGUUCUCUAAAUAUUUAGAAAUAUAAUGACAAUAUGGCUUUUCUUUAGAUGAGGAAAUAUCUUUUAUUCUUUAUAUAUUGUAUUCCAAUAUUAGCAAGGAAAAUAGUUAAUAAUGUAUUUUUUAAGAUUCUAAUGACCUUUCUCAUUCUCUUUAAUGUUGUUUUAUAUAUAGUUGUUAAAACUAAUGGAAGAACUGAUACAGAUAAUAUUGAAGAAGCUGUGAUGAUACUAUUUAUUUCAGAAAUAGGAUUGAGAAUAAUAGCAAGUGGAAUAUUCUUUAAUGAUUAUGCUUUCUUUAGAAAUAUGGAAAACAUUUAUGAUUUUAUUUUGAUUUUCUUUACAGCUAUGAAUAUCUAUUACCCAGAAGUUAUCAUUAUAGAUGUUUCUCCUUUAAGAUUAGUUACAUUAUUGAUGUAUUUAACAAACAUCUUUUAAGGUUUGAAUGUAAUGUUGACAGCAUUAAAGCAAUCAUUUAAAUAUCUUAUUGAAGCUUUAAUGAUAGUAAUAUUAUUUUCAUUGAUCUUUGCAUCAAUGGGAAUAUUUCUAUUUUAAGGUUUGUUUAAUUAUAGAUGUUAAUACGAAAAUGGAGAUGAGACAGAUGAUUGGGUUCAAUGUCAUUAGGACAGAUGUCCUGAUGAUAUGUAAUGUAUGUAUAGUGAGUAUACACCUAAAAUGCCAACAUCCUUUAAUAAUUUAAUUGGAUCCUUAGGAUAAAUUUUGAGAACCAUUACAAUGGAUGAUUGGAGUUGGGUUAUGUUUUAUACAAUGAGGAUAUUUCAUCCUUGGAUUUGGUUAUAUUACUUAUUAAUUAUAUUUAUUGGGGGAUUCUUUGGAUUUAAUAUAGUUAUUGCAGUCUUGAAAGUACAUUAUUCAGAAGCUACUGAAGAAAAUAAACAACAUGAGGAGGAAAUGGAAAUUCAUAAGAGAUUGUAAGAAGAAGAAGAGUUUCCAGAAAGAGAUCUAUUAGAAACUUUAGAUGUAGCACAUUUGAGAGAUAUUGGAAUUUAUAAAGUAAUUAAGAAUUAUAGAACUCUACUUAAUGAAAAUUCAUUUGGAAAUUAUGCUAUAGAAGAUCCAUCUAAUUUCAAAAAAUCAUAUCAAACUACUAGAACUCUAUCUGCUAGAUAAAAAUAAUUGGAAAGUGGGAUUAUCAAACUACCAUUUGUUGAUUUUGUUACAAGUUUUACUUGGAAGAGAUUUUUAUUACCAAAAUUUUAUAUCUUAGAUGAAUUAAUUAAGAAGAUCAAAAUAAAGAAUUACACAGAAGAUGAGUUUAAUAUGUAAGUGAUUGAAAAAUUGAAGGGAAUACAAUUUUCUAGAUUAUAACCUUAAGUUAAUAAGGAAGUUAAAUAGAAUUUCACAUCAUAAAAUGAGAUUCUACUAAAAUUAAUGUAUUUUAAUAUAUUUCCUAAUUUUUAGCGAUUAAUAGGAUAUAAUUUAAUAAGAAAAACUAUUCAAUUUAGAUAAGAUUAGAGCCACGAAGUUUAAAAUGAUCUAUCACCAAAUAAAAUUAAAAAAGUAAAACUAAUUCAAUAAAACAAAUCUCAAUAAGUCUCUCUUCCCUACCAAAAGCAAAACUCAAUCUCCAUUUGUGAGUAUACUAUAAAAGAAAAUAGAAGAUUCAGCAGAUUCUCUAAUUUAAUUUGAUAAACUUGUUGAUAAGCAUUCUAAAUUGGCUCAAUCAGGUAUUUGUGAAAUUGUGUUUAAAUAAUUUACUAUAUAUAAAAGUGGAAAGCCUUAUGUUUUCAUUUAAGGAUAUUACACUAAUUAUGAAGGUGUAUAAGAAAAAAUUAAUUAAAAAAUUCCAAUAAUUAUUCAUAAUGUGGUUUCUAAUUAAUUUAAAUAUGAAGGAAUGAGAAUGAAAGAAUAUUAACAUUAAAAAACAAUAUGUAAACAUAAUUGGUCAGGAAAAGAUGUUCUUGGAGUUAAUAAAUUUAGAAUGAAGAAAUUUCAUUCAAUUUUAAUGAUGCUUAAUAAAGUAGAUAUAAUUAUAUGGAUAAAGGGUUUUAAGGGAAUAUAUAUAAUGUCAUAAAAAUAUGCAUACAUAAUAGUUACUACUAGAUUUAGUUAAUUCUUUUUUGAUUUAGUUAUUCUGAAUAAUUUCACAUUUUUAUCUCUUUAAGGAAUAGUAGACAUUUCUAUAAUAUCGACAGUUGAAGAUAUUUCAACAAUUUUGUUAUGCUGUGAAUUAGUAAUGAGAUUUGUGGGAUUUAAAUUAAAAGAUAUAUUAAGAUCAGCUGAUAUGAUAUUGUAAUCAGCUAUAGUAAUUUUAAACUUUUUUGAAUUGACAAUGAGUGAUUAUAUGACUACUUUAAGUGAAUAGAAUUUAAGAUUAAUUAGAGGGACUAAAUGUUUAUUAUUUUAUAGAUGUCUAAAAUAUAAUAGAAUGGCAAUUACAAUUGGACAUAUUGCUUCUAUGACAUUUGAUUAAUAUAUUUAUUUGGCAUUUUUAAUGUUUCUAGUCAUAUUCAUGUAUGCUUUAAUAGGAAUGGAAAUGUUUGUAGGAAAAUUUGAUUAAUUAGAUUCAUUAGGAUAAUUACAUUCAUAUGAAAACAUUUUCAAAUCUUUUAUGACUAUAUUCAACAUAAUGACUAAUGAUGAUUGGUAUGGUGUUUAUGUAAUUGGCAGUGACAUAGAUCACACUUUUUCUAUUAUUUAUUCUUUUUCUUUAGUUUUAAUUUUAAAUUAUUUGACUUAUGGAUUAGUUAUGGCAGUAUUGUUAGAUGGUUUUGGAAAGUAUUUAAAUUAGCCAAUAGAAGAAAUUUAGAAUGAAAUAAAAAAGAAUAUUAAUGAAUAAUUAUAACAUAUAACACAAAAUUCAGAUGAUAUGUAAAUGAAUUUAGCAGAUACAAUUGAAGAAAUUAUAGAUUCAAAUAAAAAUAUCCCUUAAGAAGAUUCUGGUAAAUCUAAACCAAAUUUAAUAUACAAUCUUAUAAAAUCCAUAAGUAAUUUAUUAUAAUUUAUAAGUUAGAAUAAAUAAAUAAGAAAUUAUUAUCAAAAAAUCCAAAAUUAUAUGAAGGUAUUGAAUGUGAAUAAUCUCUAUUUUUAUUUGAUAAAGAAAAUCCAUUUAGAAUUGUUUGUACUCAUUUAACUAGUUCAUAAAUAUAUAUAUAUUUAAUGGAUAUUGUUACUUAUUUGUCAAUUAUUGCUUUUAUACUUAAAACCUAUAAUGAUUUUGAGUAAGAUAGUGAAUCAUAUCCAGAUACUAUUUAAUUUUCUUGCAAUAUCAUCUAAUUGGCUGAUACUAUAUUUAAUGUUAUUGCUAAAGGACUUUAUAUGGAUAAUGGAUCUUAUUUAGUAUCAACAUUUUAAGUUCUGGAUUUUAUUUAUUAAGUAUCAAAUAUCAUUGCAUUUGGCAGUAACCCUGAUGAUUUUAAACCAAUUUUAAAGAUUUUACUUUAUUUAGGUUAUUUUAGACCAAUGAAAUUAAUGUAUAGGUUGAGUUGGUUAACUAAUUUAAGAGAAGCAAUAGGUAGAUCACUUUUUGAUAUUUUUAAUGUACUGAUUACUUUACUUUCCGUAUGGAUGAUAUUUGGAGUAUAUGGAAUAAUAUUGUAUGAAUAAUAAUUUGGAUAUUGUGAAGAUAAGAUGUAAUUUGAAGUUAACAGAGAGACAUGUUUAAAAGAAGGUAGGAUUUGGGUUAAUUAUAAACAUAAUUUCGAUAAUAUUACUAUAGCAAUUCCAACAUUAUUUGUGACUGCAACUUUAGAUGGAUGGGGUGAAAUUUAUUAAGUAGCUGAGAAUAGUUAAUUUGCUGAAAUAGGUCCAUAAGGAUUUAAUUCUUAUAUUGUAACAUACAUAUUCUUUUUAAUUUUCGUUUUUAUAGGAUCAAUGUUUUUUUUAAGUUUAUUUACAGGAGUUUUAUAUACAAAUUUAAAGAAGAAUUAGAAAGAGAUUGAAAAUAGUGAAGUUACAUAAUCUCAAAAAGAAUUCAAAAAGAUUUCAGAUAUGUUAAUACAUGAUUUUCCUACUUUCUCUACUCCUCCUACUAGUGGUAUUAGAAAAAUUGCCUCAGAUAUUACUAAUAGUAUGACAAUCUAAAAAUUUCUCUUUUUCUUAUUGUGGGUUGAUUUUAUAAUUCUUUUAAUGUUUACAUCCACAAUGACAGAUGAAUAUUUCAGAACUAUCAAUAAUAUACAUAAUGGAUUGAGUGUGACUUAUUUUAUUUGGGUUUUGUUAUUGUUUUUGGCUUUAGGUGUAAAUAGAUACUUUGAUAAUUAAUGGAGAAGAUUCUAUUUUUUUUUGGUUGUCAUAGCAACAAUAGAUUUGAUUGCUGAUUAUUCAGCUGAUUGGAUAAUGAUAUAUUAUAAAUCAAAUCCUAAUGAUUAAGGUUAUUAAUUAUUAAGAUUGUUUUUUGCAUUAAGAAGUCUGAGAAUAAUAUUGAUAUUUUAAGGAUUUAUAAAUCUAUAAAGACUAAUUAAUGUGAUUUUGUUUGCUUUACCAUAUUUAGGAAAGAUUUUUUCAAUCUUAAUAAUAACAAUGCUGGUAUUUACAUUAUUUGGUUGUUAACUUUAUGGAACAAUAGAUUCUGGUUAAGUAUUGGAUGACUAAUUAAAUUUUAUGAAUGCUGCAAAUGGAAUGAUGACUUUAUUCAAAUGUGCAUCUGGAGAUGAUUGGAGAACUAUUAUGACAGAUACAAUGCAUCAUAAUCCUUUAUGUUGGGAAGAUCCUAAAUAUUGUGGUACAUUCUAUAGUUAGAUUUAUUUCUUUUUAUUUAUGUUCUUUUCUACUUAUGUUUUGCUCACUUUAUUUUUAUUAAGUUUAGUUGAGCAAUUUGAGUCUUUCUUUUAAUUGUAAAAUUCACCAAUACAAACUUAUGUGGAGAAUAUUGAUAAAAUUAAGACAAUUUGGUGUAAGUACUCUUCAGAAACACAAGGACAAACUAUGCAUUAUAAAUUCCUUUGUCGUUUUUUAUUGGAUAUUGGAAAACCUUUGGGAGGGAGUAAGGAUGAAAAUUUAUGGGAUGUUGCUAAAAUAGCAUCAUCUUUCAAAUUAAAAUGGUAUUAUUUUAUCAAUAUCUAGUGAUCAUUAUGGAUAUAUACAAUACAAUUAAUUGAUUUAUGAAUUAUUUAGAGUUAAAUUUCAUGCUGAAGUAUUCAAAGAAGGAACACCAGAUUCAAUUAAACAAAUUAAAUAAUAUAAUAAAGAAACUUAACUUCGUCUCAUGUAUUAUAGAAAGAAUAGACAUAUUGAAAGAUCCAACAUCAGUUCUAAUCUUCAACUUAAAGCUAAUUUCAAUAUUCUUCAUGAUUAUUUAACAGUUCUCAUCUUAUAUAAGACUUGGGAAUCUUAUAGCAAGAUUCUAAUAAAGAAAUUAGCCAUGAAAUAAAAUCAGUUUUCUGAUGAGGCUAUCUCUUUAGAUAGUGAAUUAUAAUAAAAGUAAUAUUUGGAUAUCAUUAUUUAUUUUUAGUAAUAAUAGAAAUCCAAAUCAUCUUAUUGAACCUGAUGGUUUCGAAGGAUCUUGUGAUGAGGUAACUGAUAAUUGUUAGAGAAUUAUCAAAUAACAUCAUAUUACUAAUGAAAGUCAUUAUAAUUCCAACUUAGAACUUCCAAUCUACAAAAGUUAAUAACCUUUUUCAUUAUAAGGUGAAGAUAUUAAGCUUAUUUUAUCAGCAGGAGAUGAAAAAUUAUAAAAUAUUUGA